AGUGUUUCAAAAUUCAGAUGUACACAAAUCUGGAUAUAUUGGAAAUAUAAAAGCAAAAGUUAAAUAACAAUCGAGGAUGAAAAUGAUAAAGGGGAUUAUCGAAGAUGUGAUUGUGGAGCCAUCCAAAGUUCAACCAAUUAUCGUUAAUUUUCAAAACGGUGAGUUAAAAGAUGAUGAGGCUAAAAACAUGUCCUGCGGACUAUUCUAUGAUCAAAACAAGAAGAAGACAGUGCUGGCUUUAUCGAAUGGAGAGAUUGUUUAUAGAGGUUAUAAACCAGACACUAGCGAAGACCCUAUGUGUACUAUGCUUGUUCUUCAUAAUAAAAGAACAGGAAAAGUGAGAUUGGUUCAGAUUGAACGUUGGCAAGUAGCGCCGGUUUUAGAAAAGUCAGCAAUAAAAGACAUUAACAGUACAGUAGAUGAUAAGGUUGUUACAUUGAACAAAGAGUUUGGUUCAAAGAAGAUAAAAAGAAGGAUAGAGCAAUAUGAAAAGCUAAAGGUAAAUGUAGAGUCUGUUAAAGAGCAUCUUGAACAAACUGUAUCUAAUGUUGAAUUCGAUAGGAUGGAAUUGUCAGCACAAUUGCCAGAUGAUGGAUGUAAUCUUACUUUGCCAUACUGUAAGAGAGAUGCAACUGAUGUAAAUGAUGUGUAUAAUAUGUAUGAUAUUGUACCAAAAAGUAAAUUGGAAACUUUAUAUGACAAUGCAGCAGAAAUUUUAAAUGACAGUUCAAGUAGAGAAGCAAAUUCAAAAUUCUUUACCCAAAUAUUAAGGAAUUUAAAAUCUGAUCCAAACAGUAUUGACAAAACUGCAUUGUUAAUUUAUAUUCAAGCAGUUGCAACAUGGUUAAGCAUGCCGAUUAAGGAUGCUAAAAAACGUGGUAUUGGAGUUUGUUUAGCUUCUCAAGAAAUUAAUUCAUAUAUAAUAGACACGUACAGUGUUCAAAGUAAUCAUGGAAGGACAAGACCAACCACUAUAAAAGAUAAAGGAGUGAUACAUUGUAUGAUUUUAGCACUAAUGAUUUGUAACUUUACAUUAGACUUGGAAUUAUUUGCGACAUUAUUUACUCAUCGGACAGGUUUAAAAAAAUUAACAGAUCUUGCUAGAUUUAUUGGUGCUUUACCUAACAAAGAAGACAAGAAACUUAUCACUUUGAAAGUUCCAUUACCAAAACCAAUGUUUCUUCUAAAAAAGAGAAGAAGCAAAUCGUAACAAGAUGGGUACAAAUUUUCUGUAAAAUUGUUUCAUAAAUAAAUUAUAUUUAAUAUCU